CAGCCAGCGCGCGGUUCGGCCUACCGCUAGAUAGCUAGACACACACAUUAUCAUGCCCACCGUCCUUGAUUGCAGUGAGAUGCCGCAAGAUACGUCCGUCACUUCGAAGAAGAAAGAUACCGGAAGAUAUUUGGUUGCUUGCUUGCUGCAUCUUUCUCGUCCCCUGACUUCAGUUCAGUUCUCUCGAGGACUUUCCCGUGCGCCUCUCUAUAUAUACUUCCACUUGCUUGUGCUGCUCUUCAGUCUAGUCGUGGUAUCAACUAGUGGUAGCAGCACUAAUUAGCCAGAGGAAGAAUUGGUAGCUUCAGCAUGGAUUACGGGACAGAUGCAUCGACGGAUCCAGACGUCGACAAGAAUCAAGAGCAAGAGCCGUUUGAACAAGGGCAUGCCGUUCUGAUCGCGCCUUCGGAUCCCAGUGGCAAAACAAAUGGAAAGCUAGGCCCAAAGACUCUCCGUCGUCUUGCCCAAAACCGUGAAGCUGCUAGGAGAAGCCGCCUAAGAAAAAAGGCAUAUGUCCAGCAGCUCGAGAGCAGCAGCCUGAAACUCGCUCAGCUAGAGCAGGAGCUCCGUCGUGCUCGCCAACAGGGUUUUCUUUCUACCUUGGGAGACCAGGCUGAUUCAGAAAAUGCCUCUUCGUUCUACGUGGAAUACGGACGGUGGCUGGAAGGCCAACUCCAGAAGGUAGAGGAGCUCAGGGCCGCUGUCAGCUCCCACGCCGAUGACAGCGACCUCCAGGCCAUCGUUGACACCAUCAUAGCACGCUGGGACGAAAUCUUCACGCUGAAGGGCGCCGCGGCCAAGGCCGACGCCUUCCACGUCCUGUCGGGAGCGUGGACAACCCCCGUCGAGAGGUUCUUCCUCUGGCUCGGCGGCUUCCGGCCAUCGGAGUUUCUCAAGCUACUCGCGAGCCGGCUGGAGCCCCUCACGGAGAAGCAGCUGGACAGUAUCGGCGUCCUGCGACAUUCCUCCCUGCAAGCCGAAGGAGCACUCUCGACAGAGAUGGAAGCACUGCGACAGUCGGUCGCAGAAGCCGUCGCGGCGGCAGGACCGUCGUUCCUGAGCUGCUCUGCAGCCUACUCCGACGAUGGCACGGGCGAAAUGGCUGCGGCGGUGGCAAAGCUUGGCGCCCUGGAAGGCCUCCUGCGGCAGGGCGAUGAUCUGCGACUGCGGAUUCUUGAGGAAACGCGGCGGGUACUGACCACCCGUCAGUGCGCACGAGCGGUGCUCGUGGUCAGCGACUACUUCUCCCGGAUGCGCGCCCUGAGUUCUCUCUGAAUUGCACGUCCGGCGGGCGCGCAUCCGGGAGAACCCGUGAGAGCUUACAGCAUCAAAAAAUGGUGAGCGCGACGGCGGCGGCGGCGGCGAUGCAAUGCGACGGGCGUGAGCUGGGCAACAGGAGCGGAGUCGCGAUGCAGGCAGCACCGCCCGCGAGCGACGGAGUCUGCGUCCGGCCCAGCAAGAUUUGGAGAAGCUGCGAGAUGAGGCCCAAGUAUGAUAAAAGUUAUACAGUGGGCCGAGCCAGCGCAAGCAUAAUUUCAGUCCCUUUGUAUUUUGACGACCGUAGCAUUCCAUGUUUUUUUUAGAGUUUGUACCGCAUCCCUAAUCUACCGCACGAUACGCCAGUUUAUAAGGUGGCCUUCGGCCCGUCCCCUUGCCCCCACACUAGGUGGGGGUACGGGCCUAAGCCUGUUAGAGUGUACAGGAAAUGUAUAUACCGCCCUUUGUACAGCAUGUUGUAUGUAGUGUUGUGCUGUUGUACUUGUGUACAAUGUAUGUAAAAAUACAGUUUUUUUUUCCA